CAAGGGAGUAAGUUAUUCGAAUUCGAUCUCACUUGUUUAGCUGUAAAAAUUUACUUGUAUGAGGGGGUGAUCGUUGUGUCUGACUGACCAUCAAAUGGACUAAUGGCAAAUAUUUUCUAAUCUGAAUUAACAAAUAGGGUGGUCUGCUUUUGCAGCAUGCAAAAACAUGCUUGCUGUUGCAGGAAAGAUUUGGAAAAAGAGGGCCUGUGGCCUGUCACUGAUGGUCUGAAAAUCGUAGUUUAAAAUUUUGUCUUCUAAUGGGCCGUUCCUAUUGCUAUAAGCAUAUACGGAGUAUCUUAAUGAGGCCAUAAACCUUCCACAAUCCUAUAAUAGUUUCAUAAUAUCUUCAAUUGACUUUUUUUUUUGGUUGGUUGGUAAGAAGGACCAUAUCAGACAAAAACCUCUCCCAGGUUCACUCAAACUGGGUUGACGGAUUAGGCCAAGUGCAUUUAAUGGGAUUUCAUUCUACAGCCUCAUAGUUGUGUAAGAUAGAAACUUUUUCACAAGACCAAACCUUAUUUGGGAAUUGCUUAGUUAAUUUUUGUCCCUUUUAUGAUAUUUUUUCUCUCUUGUCUUAAUAUAUAUUGUGACAUCCAAUAUUGUAUUGAUAUUGUUGGAUGACUUGUAUUUUUAUUAGGCCUUUUAUUAGAUAACUUGUAGUGUAACAAGACUAACAACACAAUCAAUUAAUGCAUGUUCUAUUCGACUAUUAAGAAUUUCUAUGUGAUUGCUUUGGUGUUUUUUUUUUGACAGGAGAUUGCUUUGGUGUUUAAAGUUGGCAUAAUCUAUGUAAAGCUAUAAAAUUGGUUAAUUCAAAAUGUAAAAUCACAAGUAAUUAGAUGAUAGUAUAGAGUGAGUACUAUGUAGAAUCAAUACAACAUGCUUUUAGAAAAAUACUUCGUGUUUUGGUGUAUACUAUUUACCCAUUUCGAUAUUUUAAUUAGUUACUCCUUUUUGUUUUUAUGGGUGCUCUUUGAUUGUCAGUCUCUAGGUCAGUGGCUAAACUAUUCCACGGUUCUUCAAAUACUCAAAGCAGGUAUUAAUUACCUGUAAAAUAUUGGAUUAUAAUAAUAGGUUGAUAACCAGAAAAAAGUAUAGUUCUUAAUUCUUAGAGACAACUUUUAAUUGUAAGGAGUUAUUAUGGGCAAAAUAUCAAAAAACAAAAAAUCUUACAAAAUUAACAAUAGACAAAACCAAGAUAAUGUGGUGCAUUUAUAUUGAAUUAGGAUGCUCCAUUAUUGGUUCAUUGGUUUGUACCAUGUUUCAUCAAAGCUGGUUGAUGAAGGGAAAUAGGAAAUACAACAACAAUUUGUAUUGGUACUUUAAAAGGAUCCAACAACUUUCUAACUCUUUCUAGAGACAAACAAACCCAUGGGGAAGGAAAAGUUAGAAAGGUUUGGGUAAUAAGUUCCACUUUCAACUGUUCACGAACCCCCUCUAAGGCCUCUAUUCAACUCCAUAAUCAUAUACUAAGUGUCACAAGAAUCCAACUCGAUCAGUUGAUCAUUUCCUCUAAUAUAGAUAAUCUAGGUCCUGUUUAUACUCGUUAUGUCUGAAUUUAAUUAUUGCAUUUGACUUUUAAAAGGUCAUACUAUUACACCAUACAAAUUAAAGAAAAACAUCAAAAAAUGUACCGUAGUAGAUGUGUUUUGAUAUGGAAUAUUGUAUAUAUUUUCAAAAGCAAUGAAAGUCAAAUGUGACAGUUAUUCAGGGACAACGAAAGAAGAAAAGCUAACAAAAUUCACUAACCAUUUCAACAAAAGCCAAUGUUGUGAAAUGGUCUUACCUUAAUUUAACAAAAGUUGUACUCCAUCCAUACCCUCUAGACAUGGGGGGUACUUUACUCACUAUCUUCACAUGUGAAUAAGCACACGGGCUUGGUUUACAUUAUAAAGGACCUUGCCACUCUUUUAACCAAUCUCCACUAUUCUCUUGUGAACUCCCCCACUCCCAAAACUUUGGCUCCAUUAUCUUUACUUACAAAUAAAGUUUUUUUGAAUAAAACAUGAAAGAAAGGAUGUUGAAGAUGCAUUUCACCUUGAUUUUCCUAUGUGCUCUAGGCUUAUUUUUCUUGGCUAAUAGUUAUGAUGGACCUCUUUAUGAUUCUUCUGCUUAUACUGAGUGCAAAGAAUAUCCUGAGGACCCACUAUAUAAUGGAGGAAUCCUACAAGACUAUAGAAAUUGUUGCAUCAGUGAUCCAUCAAUACCUUCAUUCAUGAUCAACAAUCUCUCCCCUGCUUUCUACACCUUAUCUGCUUGGGUAAUGAUAGAGGGAGUUGAUUCAACUCUAAUAAGAGCAAGCUUAAAAACAGAACAUGCAACAAUUAGUUGUAUUGGAACUGUAAUAGCAAAGCAAGGAUGCUGGUCUUUUCUUAAGGGAGGAUUUGUACUGGAUUCACCUUCAAAAUCUUCAAUUCUAUAUUUUAAGGACAAUGGAAAAUCCACCAAUAUAUCAGUUGCUAGUGCAUCCUUGCAGCCAUUUAGUGAAGAGCAGUGGAGAUUGAAUCAACAAGCCAUAAUUAACAGAGAACGCAAGCGUUAUGUGACAGUUCAUGUGUCGAAUUUGCAUGGAGAAAGGCUAGUAGGAGCUUCAAUAACCAUUCAGCAAAUCUACAAAGAUUUCCCUAUUGGAUCAGCCAUUGCUGCUACCAUUAUUGGAAAUCUUCCCUACCAGAGUUGGUUCUUGAAGAGGUUUAAUGCAGCAGUGUUCGAAAAUGAGCUAAAGUGGUAUGCAACAGAACCAGAACCAGGAAAAACCAACUACACCUUAGCUGAUCAAAUGCUAGAAUUUGUCAGAGCGAAUCAGAUAACUACAAGAGGCCACAACAUAUUCUGGGAGGAUAUGGACUACACUCCAGCAUGGGUGAAAAAACUUGAGGGGCCGGACCUUCAACAGGCUGUUAAUUCUAGAAUAACAAGCCUGAUGAACAGAUUCAGAGAAGAGUUCAUUCACUGGGAUGUCAGCAAUGAGAUGCUCCACUUCAAUUUCUAUGAGCAGCGGCUUGGACCUAAUGCCACCUUAGAUUUCUUCAAGACGGCUCAUCAGGCUGAUCCGUUGGCCACCUUGUUCAUGAAUGAGUUCAAUGUGGUUGAGACUUGUAAUGAUGGUAAUUCGACUGUCGAUGAUUAUGUUAGAAGGUUAAGGGAGCUUAAAGCAGGAGGAGUUACUAUGGAUGGAAUUGGCCUAGAAGGGCACUUUAGUGUUCCUAAUCCUCCCUUAAUUAGAGCUAUCCUAGAUAAAUUGGGCACCCUUGGACUUCCCAUUUGGCUCACUGAAGUUGAUAUAUCUCAUACUAUUGACAAACAAACACAGGGUGUAUACUUGGAGCAAGUAUUGCGAGAAGGAUUCUCGCACCAAUCAGUAAAAGGUUUAAUGCUUUGGACAGCCCUGCAUCCUGAGGGAAAAUGUUACCAAAUGUGCCUUACAGACAACAAUUUUCAGAACCUCCCAGCAGGAGAAAUCGUGGAUAAGCUGUUGAAAGAAUGGCAAACCGGGAAAGUAGAGGGAGUUACUGAUCAACUUGGUUCAUUUAACUUUCAUGGAUUUUUAGGGGAGUAUACAAUAAUGGCUACGUAUGAAAAUAGAACUAUAAAAUUGUCAUUCUCAUUAACAGGAGGACACGAAACUAGGUAUAUAAACGUUCAACUCUAAACAUAUACUAGUAUACAUGUAAUAUUAUCAUUCUACUUGCUAUACUUGUAUGUGUUACAUUAGAUCAAAUCUCAUUGUUUUCAAAUUGUUAGUUCUUAA